AUGACGAUGAUGUUCACCACGACGACAAAAACGAUAAAAAACAGACGACGAUUUUCAUUGCAGAUUGCGAAGAAAGCUCUACUAAACGUCGUCGUCUUUUCCGCGUUGCUCUUACUCUCGCAACCACGAACGGUAGAAGCGAAAAGAGGCGACCCGGAUAAACCGAAAUAUUUACCGUCCACGAUUUAUUAUUCCAUCCGCCAAGCGCAGCAAAUGUGCGACAUGCCGCUGCCGAAAGGGCACGAAAACGACGGAGCGCCGUUGUUACCCAAAGCGAGAGUGCAAGGGAGAGUCGAUCAGAGAGCGUUGCAUUUGUGCCAGCAGUGGAAUUUCGUCGUCGCGAACAGACAAGCACAAGGGAAGAUGCAAGGGUAUAAAUUGAAACCGAUUAUUCCGCCAGAACACUUUCACGAUGGGUACGUCGCGGAUAUGGAUAAAUCUGCGGAAUAUCCGGAAGCGGCGCAGGCACAAAAUCGAUUAGGCUACGCGAACGGGGACGAAUACGACGAGGAACACAUGAACAUGUCGAGAGAAAUUCACGACGCUUCUGGACACGUAGGGACUGGGACUGGGAACGCAGCCGCGUUUGCGGACGAUGUUUUACUAGUUGCUGGCGCAAUUUUGUUCGGUGCUGCUUUAAAACACGUGUACGAUUCAAAGGCGGAUCCGUUCAAGCCGAUGGCAAACGUUCCGAAGUUUCCGUUAAGGCCGGACCCGGAGAGUGGAGAGCCGCAGAAGCACGAUCCGAGCGGAUGGGAGAAGCAAGGUUAA